AUGCGGGGGGUCCCCGCCUCGGGCAAGUCCACUGUGGCCCACGGCAUCCUGCGCGAGCACCUGGCUGCCAACGGGGUGGGGCCGCGCCUGGACGAGAUCGCCCCGAUGAGCCGCGCUUUCGUGUUAUCCACGGACGACUUCUUCAGCCCCAUCAACCAGGAGACGGGCGAGGAGCUCACGUCCUACGACAUGAGCAAGAUCAGGCGGCACCACGAGCGGAACCAGGCGCGCUGCGACAUCGCCAUGGAGCUGGGCGUCACCCCGCUCAUCGUGGACAACACGAACUCGCGCGUCUGGGAGAUGCGCGAGUACGCCAAGAUGGCGCAGGCGCACGGCUACCGUGUGAUUGUCAAGGACGUCAUGGCGUCAUCGCAGGUUGGCUUCGACGUGAUCAAGGAGCGCUUGCUGGCAAGGCAGGCGCAGACGGGUAAGGAGAUCCCCCUGCACGUCGUUGAGGGCAUGAUGAAGAGGUGGGAAACACUUCCAGCAGACCCGAGCGCGGCGGUCGCUUGCAUCCUUGAGGCGAAGGCCCCGUGGGAGCAGAAGGACCAGCAGGCCACCAAGUGA